AGAACAAAGACUUUUCAAAGCAUAUCUGAGUUUGCCGGCAGACCAUAUCGCGAUUCACUAUGACUGAAGGAAUGAUUAAAUAGAAUUUCAAGAAUACAUUCAGCUCAGUUUCCUCCGCUGCAACCGAGGGUAAGAAUUCGUAAAGGCUAAAGCUAGUUUGUGGUUCGAAACUUAGCUAUGAUAUAUUUAUAUACUGUAGAUAAACCGGUAAAGUUUUCUCUAUAUGGAUGAACGUUUUUCUGCAGUUAUAAUGAAUGGCCCUUAGCACAUACUCUAGGCUUUCAUUAUUUUGAAAGCACUAGCUCAAUAUUGUGUCUUGUUUUCUAGCUUGGAGAUUUUGCUGCUGUUAACUGCAUGGACCCAGCAGCUUAAAAAGUGAGAAGAACUAAAUUGAAGAUCAACGUCCUUACCGGCUGUUGUCAUGGUAUGUUUUUAUGAAUUCAGUCUCUUCCAGAAACGAUUCAAUAAUCAGAAUAAUUUAGUGUCGGCGAUUCCGUCGCUGUUUUGAAAAUCCCACUGUUCUCCAUACCAUCCAUGCCGUCAUUUAGCAUUUAAGUUGACUUGUUCUGUAAAGAGACGUGUCUUAAUGAGCCUUAAGGUCCCGACACACUGGACCGGCGAUUCGGCCGCCAUGCGGUGAAAUUUACAAUUUCCCAUGCAUUAAUGCCAUUGCAUUAUUUGCAUGCGUUUCUAAGAUCAUUGUGGUCAGACGACAGUGGCUAGCCUUAAAAACCUCGAUAGAUUAUCUUAACUCCUAAUGACAUAGCAAUCUCAAACAUUGCAUCGAACUUGUCCCUGAUCCAAGGCUUGUAUCUCGAGGUAUGUCAUUCAAUUCAACGCCACGGGCUUCGAUGAAACACAUCUUUUGACAUGACCAUCGACGUCGUAAGAUCACGGCAUAUAUACUCACAAGACUACUUUAGUGGCAUAUUGCGGUCGACCAAGUCACGAGACGUCCUUGCCUGUUUAUCUUUACAGGAAUUUCAUAUCUGGUUUAUUCAUCUUUAUUAGUAAAUCCAAGAUAUGCUUCCUGUCCACAAUCGUUUGUGUCUAGGAAAGAGUCUUAAUUAAAGCCUGGUUUACAUUAUCAAAGUUUCUGUGAUCAUAGUAGGAAUUUUGCAUUGGUAAAUUCUAAGUUUUGAAACUGAUUUGUGAGAAAUGUUUGAGGGAACUUACUCAGUGUUUAACACUGAGUCAGUAGAACUGAUAUAUCCACUCAAUCAAAUGUAUAAAAUUUACACUCGGGCCAAAUUUCCAUCGACAAAACUCACUUCAACCUGAUUAGUUCUAUCGAGUGAAAUGCCCCAAAUCCUAAUAAUUACUAAUACACCUUAAAUUGGCAUCACGUACUUGGGGUUAAGCCGUUAGGGAGCUCGACAACAUGACUCUGUAGCUCAGUCGGUUAGACCGCUAGUUGCACCGUCGAAUCGCAGGACAGCAGGUUCAAUUCCUGCCAGAGGACCUAUAGUUGGUUAGGUCUAUCUAGGAAGAGAUUAUUUCGCUGGCCUCAAAGUGACAAAACGUAACAAAGCAACGGUUUUACUAACACUAACCCUACUCCAAACACCAACUCUAACUCUAAUCCUUACCCUAACCUAACCCUACUCCAAAUUUGUUUCUAAACCAAUCUUGAAGAAAGAAGUUUUGACGAAAUGUCACUCUGAGGUCAGCGAAAUAGUUGAUGUCGUCUAAUAAAUGUAUAAAAUUCACACUCCAUCAACAAAACCCUCACAUAACAUUAAUAAUCCAUUUAUGGCAUUCAAUUAAGUCACGAGAUCUGUUUCAUUAUGUUGUUACUAUGCAGGAUAAAAAUAUUUUGAAUGUAUCUUCUAAAUACUGUUACGACAUAUUAGCAUGGACAUGUUACAAACAACCAAUUAGGUAUGUUUAUGUAAUAUAGUUCUAUUUUGUAUUUUGUAACUUGUUUCUAUCUUUUAAGCUGGAGUAAUACGUGCAACAAAAUCUGAUUUCAACGCAUGUUAAGUAGAAAUGUCGACACAUGUUGAUUUGUAAUUUAUGUUUUGAAACAUUUUCAAUUAACAUGCGUAUAGAAAUCAGAUUUUGUUGCAAGUUGCAGCAAUUUUGUUGCCCAGAUUACUAUUUUGUUUUGGAAGAAAUUAGAUCCGUUGUUACAAAGAUUAUUACUAAUACCAUGUUUGUGUUUACUCUGAGUGUGCAUCCACACUGGGUAAUGUAGUCUGAGUGAGCAACACCACAAACAUCAUAUUCACCUGAGUACAUAAUACCAACACAUACAAAAAGUAAGAUUAUUAUUGUAUCAAAUAUUAUUAUUAUUAUUAAUAUUAUUAUUAUUAUUAUUUUUAUUAUUAUUAUUAUUAUUAUUAUUAUUAUUAUUAUUAUUAUUAUUAUUAUUAUUAUUAUUGUGCACGAGCUAACCAUGCGUGUACCGUGCACUCGUUUUUUUAUGUACAGACCACAUGGUAUACACAUGGUAUAUUCUAGUAAAAAUAGAAUAACAUGUGUACACUUAAGGCUGGUCAGUUACACUAUAAAUUAAGUUUCUGUGAUCACAUGCAGUAUAGGAAUUUUGCAUCAGAUCAUAUUCUAAGUUUUGAAGGAUUUGUAAGACAUUUUUGAGAAACUGACUCACUGUAUAAAACUGAGUCAGUCCCUCAAACAUUUCUUACAAAUCCUUCAAAACUUAGAAUUUACCUGUGCAAAAUUCCUCCUGUGAUCACAGAAACUUUGAUAGUAUAUAACAAACCAGCUUUACUGAUAAGAAGCUAAGAAGCAUACCCCAAGAAUUGGCGAGUACUGGAACCUGAUUGGCUCAAAGCUGUUUGAUUUCUAGCCAGUUCUUUCAUCGUAUAUUACCACAUUACCGGCCUGUUAACGAAUUAUAUUAUCAUAUUACCGGCUAUAUAUCGGAAUUUAACAAAGAAGGUCAAGUUCGCAUUCAAAUUAUUAAUAAAAGCGUCUUUGUCUUCCUUGGGCUUGGGGUCGCAAAACAAACAACUUAAUUAAAAUAUUUUUUCCUUACUUGGAAACCGAUUGCAAUUCACAGAACCGCCUGUCGGGUUCUAUAGAAUUCUCAAGUGACAGAUCUCAAGACUAUAUUACAGCUGGUGCCUGCCAUGGGGGCAUAUACCUAAACUGUAUACACAUGCAAAGCAAUAGAUACUCCGAAAAUUGAAAGCAUUUUGAAAUAAAUUUUUCAAAAUGCUUUCAAUUUUCGGAGUAUCUAUUGUUUUGUAUUUUAUCAAAAUACUCAGUGGUUCCCGGAAUUUUCUAGUAUACACAUGCACUGGUCAUAACUGACAGAACACAAAAACAUGACAUUAAGAAUUCAUUCAAAGAUGAAAAUUGACGAGCCAUUUCAGCUCAUGCUUUGUUUAGAAUCGUUUUAACAGAACCUAACGAUAUACAGUAAUUUUUGCCUCAUAUAGGGAAGAUUAUUCCAAAAUGCGACACCAUUAUAAUUGAAGCGCUUUUUGCGGAAUUCUUUGUUCGGCUUAGGAAAAGGAAAAGGAAGUGUUAAGGGGCUAUUCAUAUGAGUCGGGCCAGCUCAUCUGGUCGGGAUGAAUCGUGGCACGAAUAUGUUUUCCUGCCCAUACUGCGAUAGUUCGAAUGAACUUUAUCAGUAUAAAGAUUACUGGAAUCAAACCAAGUUAAUUCAACUUUGAAAUAUUAUUUUGCGGGAUGUUUAUCAAAGCCGGGAUAAGAGCUUUGUUAAACGAGUCACCCGGUUAAUUGGGCCAGCCCGGCUCCAUGUUAACAGCCCCUAAAUCGGUUCCUCUCUUUCCAGUGGCGAAGGUAGCCAUGCCGGCAACUGGUCAUGUGAUGCUAAUAAACGUGCAUCUAAAUGACAAUACUCUUCCAAAGUUUGAAUAAUGCGAAUCAUUAAAAAUUUGCAUAUAACAUAAGCUGUUGCUAUUGCUACCUUCUUCGCUGUCUAUUUCUGAGAUUGUAAAGGUAGAGGCAGGCUAGUGUAUUGUAGACGGUUGACACAAUUUAGGAGCAAGUAAAAAUCUCUCAUCUAUUUAGUUGCCUGCGGAUACUAGACAACUAAAAAACAAUGACAAGAAUUUGGAUAAGUGCUGGGAUGGACGACUGUAUGAUAGUACUUGAUGAAACAAGCUAUUAGAAAUCACGUUAUCACCACAACACGAAAUGCCUGAGACUGUUUCGAUAUAGGAAAUUGAAUCGUCUGGCUCGGACGUGACCUACUCAUUAAUUAAUCCAAUUAUUUCUGGAAUGUGUUUACAGUCUAAUUUUAGCGGCCUCAUUGUGAAGGCCCAUUGAAUGAUCAACAUAGCAUAACCUCCUUGUUUUAAAAGGUCAUUAUCAAGCUGGUAAUUUCAAUAUAUUCCAUCAGUCGGUAGCAUGAGGGAAUACAUUUUUUGAGGGGGACGUUCCAACCCACACGUUUUGAAAUGGAUUUUUGCUCUUCGUUGGUCUCGUAUUAAUCAUACAGGGAUAGAAAUUAUUUUCUAGCAUGCGAGCUACAUCCAUAAAAAUAUCAUGUUUUGUCGUCAACAAUUGCCUACAAAUACUGGCAGGGUGGUUAACUUCACAGAGUGUGUACAAGUUGUACGUUUCAUUUGCUCGAAGUGUUUUUAAUUAAUCUUUUCGUGGUAGUUCGGACACAAACCAAUGCAUCCAUUCAGUUCAAUGUUCAACCAGGUUAUCAGGGUCGUAGCGAAGAGGGUAAAGAAGGCGGGAGGUGUAUCGCAUUUGCCACAACAUUUCAGUUGCUAAUAAUAUUUUCCCCAAAAUUGUUGGCGGGAUUGUUUCCGGACAUAUCUUAAUUUUGUGAUGUUUUUAAUUUAUGUUACUCUGAGUGUAUAUCCACACCGGGCAAGCCACCGUGGUCAGGCUAAUUUUUCAGCCUGCCUGGUGUGGAUAUACACUCAGAGUAACAUCAAAACAUUAUAUUCGCCUGAGUACAUAACAUCAAAACACACACAAAAAAUAUCAUAUCGUAAUUUGUUAACUUUUUCGUAAAUUUAGCAAACUUUUUGCUAUAACGAUUACUUUUUAUUCCGAGCCACUCAAAUAUUUUCGCUGACUACGAAAACAAUUGGCCGAGUCCGAGUAGCAGACAUUUGCCGAGUCCGUGAUGAAUGGGGGGCGUUACACCCACCACGCCCCCCUCUAGCUACCGCCCCUGUGUUCAACCAUGCCCAUGGAUCUCUCUCCUCCGCAGAGGCUUCUGUUGGCUAUGAUUACGAUUAGUAUUGAGAUAAAUUUCACUACACUUUUAUAUGACGGAUCUUGGAGCCGCUGAGCGAAGGAGCGCUCGUGUUCCAUCUCAAUACUAAUCGUAAUCAUAGCCAACUAAAGCCACUGCGGAGGAAAGAGCCCAUGGAUUAUGAAAACACUGGAUAGCCGAACUCAUAAUCACGCAUGAUGUUUUCAUCGUCCUGAUGCUGUCUCAGUUGACCUUGUUGAAAAUCAUUACUUCACUAAAUCCUAAAGAAUACCAUGUUUAGCAAUGAUACAGGCGGUCAUACAGCGGAUAAUUUUAGUCCAAAAACAUAAGAGUAAAACCAUGCCACUAUACGAUGGAAUAUGUAAAUAUUGUUGGUCAGUUUCCGGAAACAUAUCAAGCAUCAGGCGGUGAAAUACGUGUCACAAAUUCCAAUUAUAUUCAAUUGAAGAGGAGAAUCUUUUGUAUGUUACGUAAAACGCGCUCAAAACUAACCAUUUGUUUAUGACUAUAUGAGUCACAUUUUGUAAUUUUUAAUACGUUUCUCAAGCGGCAAACGAACUUAAAAAGUAUUUUUUCGAGUGCUUUUUUCUCUAUAAAAUUAUGCUAAAAUGAAGAGAUUUUAGAUGGCACGCCAAAGAGAGAAUGAUGAUGUCUGAAGUUCACUGUAAGUUUUGCAUAUUUUGCUGUAUAAAUAUGGCGUCAUUUUCACAGCAUCAACAACUAUAAUUGUAUUUAAAUUGACAAUAUUUAACUAUUUUGUUUUGUUGCUCAACCGCUAGAUACAUUUAAAAACGUUGCUAUAACUGCGUUAACCGGUCAAAAUGAAGCCGCUAAAACAAAGUAAUUUUGAGAGGAACGCCGAAAAGAUUUUAGGUUUCGAACACUUUUUCAUCGCAAAUAUAAGCGACAUUGAAAAAAAUUGCCUCUUAACAGUAAUUUUUGUGACGCCAAUUUCUUCAUUACGAAUGUUUAAAAAUCUAAAACAAAGGCGAACAACACUUACUUUCAAUCCUUUACCGUGGCACAGUCGCACAGGCAGAAGAAGAAGUUUAAAAGAAGUUAAAAGACAAUGAAAUUAUAUUUUGAAUUUCAAUAUAUAGCCACUCACUUGAAUGCGAAAUAGUCAUAAAAAAAAAAGAUAAAUUAAGGCAGUAACACGCCUAUUGUUGUCAUUCGUGACUAAGUCACGUCUGCCGGCGUCAGCUGUUUUCUAGCCACUUUCAUGAUCAAGUACUAUUUAAGACUUCUCGAAAUCUUUUUCGUAUUAAGAAAUUAAUAUAACCCGUGCACAAUUUUUUAUUCUUCAAUUUGGUUUUAGAUUAAAAUUUGAUGUCGUGUUCUCGCAGCCUACAUUGGCAACACAGUUUGGGCAGACAGCAUGGCGAGAUCCCGAAUGGCCUUCUCCUUGACUUGAGGUAAGACAUCGAGUUUAUAGUUGUUCAUUUAUAGGCUGGUUUUCACUAUCAAAGUCUCUGUGAUCACAGUAGGAAUUUUGCCUAGGUAAAUUCUAAGUUUUGAAGGAUUUGUAAGGAAUAGGGAACUGACUCCGAUGCAGGAGUGUUAAACAAAGAGUCAUUUCCUUCACAAAUUUCUUACAGCACCUUGUAUAAUCUCGUGGUCACUAAAAUUGCCUUUCAAGCUGGGAGACUCCGGGGUUCAAUCCCUGGGCGGACUUAGUACUCAAGGUUUAAAAUAAUAGUUGAGGAGAAAGUGCCACCUUUACAUUGACAUCACGGUAUAUGCCAUAUGGUUAGACUUUCGCGUCUCAGUCUCGGAUAAGAACGUUAAAUCGUAGAUACCUCGGAUCCCCUAUAUCAAUUGAGCAAUACUCCAAUAGCCUGUUCGGAAAUCCGCUCGCCACCAAUGAGUGAAGAACUCAAUAUAUAAACAAUAGACUCAACUGAAUUCAUCAAAUCUUAGAAUUUACCAAUGCAAAACUUCUACAGUGUUCACAGAAACUUUGAUUGUAAUUCCUGUUAACAUGGAACAAUUUGUUGCGAGGCUGCUGGCCUCUGCAUCAACCUUCAAUUACAAUUAGAUGUUAACAUGCAAUUUUGUGUCUGGAGACAAGCAGUGCGAACACAUCUUUUUGACAAGCUGUGAGAUUUUUAUGAGUCUAGUUUGACUCGACCUUCCCUUAUUGGGGCUAGAUCAAUAUAGAUAUAAAUAAUAUUGAACUCCCUCAACUUCGUCGACAGGGGGCUGGCUUUUUUGAAAUGACCGUAACGCAUGCUUUCCAAGAAUCGCAUUCCAGAACUAAGGCCUUGCGAUAGUCGCUUUUUACGACAGCAACCAAUACGCCUUCCAGAAGUAAUGUCUGCCCACCAUUCACCAAGUUUCCCCUUGAGAUAUUCCAGAAACCGUUAAAUAUGACUUGCAGUGACAAGCGAAUUGCCUAAAGCCUAAAGUGGCUAAACUAUCAUAUAUGCAUGUAAUUUUCACGGAAUUCCAAUGUGGGUGAUAAUGUCCGUCUGUUUGUUAUCACAAAAUUAAAAUGAUUUGUGGGUUAGCGUCACAAACAUGGCGCUGUUAACAUAAGUAUGUCAACCAACCAAUUGUAUCUGGUCACGUGAUGUAUAUACUUGAAUUCCAAGACCACUAUGGUAAUUUUCACAUAAUUUCAAUAUCGAAUAACACGUCGGUUUAUUCCGGUAUAACACUCAACAGAACUAGGAUACUCGUUAAUUCUUAGGAUACUCGUUAAUUCUUAGGAUAGACUUAUUUUUAUCAUAUUGGUGUUAUAGAACUAUUAUGUACUGCAAAGCUUUAAUGCACUAAACGAUUUAAAACGGGCAAGGGUAAUUACUAAUUAAUUUUUUCCAUUUCACAGGCACAGCAUGUUUUAAAAAUCUGGAAUCGUCUUCUAAUAUUAGGCAUUUAUGUAUGUACUUAUUUCAUUUUAAUCCACACAAUUAGUUUUACUGUUUUCGAGUCACUUCAAAUCAAUUGUUAUUAAACUAAAACUUAAACCGGUGAAAUGUUACUACUUCUUGUAGAGGCUCGAACCAGACAUACUUGGAUAUGCUUGAUAGCUUUUAAGCCUCUCGUUUUGCCGAAAUCAGUACAAAGCAAUGAAUAGCUAUGAGCAGAAUUUUAUGAAUAAAAAAGACUGAACAGGUAGGGGUCUGUCUUUAAUCAGUGUACGUCUUAGUAUGAUAGACAUAUUAGAAUCUACAUGAGAUUUACAUCGUGAGCAAUGUACCACAUUAACAUUGUGAACGGCAUAAACUGUAUCAAUUAUCUGAUUAUUCGUCUCCCUUAGGGCUUCAACUAAUGCAAGACGAAUUAAAUGUAAACCUGACCACGAUGAAGUUGGAACCGACAUAUACAGAAUGCGAACGGCCACUUUCACCAACGUUUGAUCUGAGAGACUCCUACUUCAAUUCAGGUAGGAUUGUUCAUUGUACUUUGUUUGUUUUGUAGCGGAAAGUUUACUGAGUAUCAAUAUGCACUAUCGACAUAUAUCAUUAUAUGGUAUAUCCACUGAUAUAUCUCUGAAAUCAUUUCUUUAAUUCCUACAGUAGUGUACAUUUGUGUGGGUAUUUAUAUACUGGUUGUUUCCAUGAAAACUUCUGUUCAAACGAGGCAACAUCUAACAUUAGAAGCAACAUUGUUGGCCAGUUGGUUUCGUCUGAGUUGACUACGGCUAUGCCUAUAUAUGUGGGCUGCUAUUGGAUUGGCUUUGACUAUAUGGUUGUGCUUAAAAUUUCCAUCCAACAUGAGUCGUCUACUAUUAUUGGACCAACAACAUUGUUGGACAAUAUUGCAUUCGGGGCGACCAUCAAAAGGCAGCGAAUGUUAAAAGUAUUGUAUAGUUUCACUUUACCUCAGAGUUGGCACUGCAGUCUGCUCAAUGAAGGAUAUUCAGGUGGUCUGAUGAAGAUGGCUCAAUUUUAUUGGAUGAAACAAGCUGUAGUGGUGCCUUUGGGCUACCUGAAGAUUCCUUCAUUGGAUGAAGCAAGCUGUUUGCUGUAACUUUGAGGCAAGCGAAACUAUACCAUUUGGUCUGCCUUGAAUUAUGAGAUAUCGACUGAACAUUCUCUGGUAUUUCGUGAACCAAAACGCAAAAACACACUAAUAGAGGACUAUCAAUAUACCCCAAUGCACACUAAUAGAGGACUAUCAAUAACAGUUCGCAAAUUCUGGUACUACGACACCCAAUCUGUUUUGUACCAAAAGUACUUAUUUUAAUGUCGUCUGUUAUGUUGCCUGCUGUGUUAAAGAUAUGCUAGACUUGUAAAGGGUUGUCAUCAGUGAAAUCAACUCUCAAUUGACAUAUGUGUUUAAUAAUGAGGACAUGUAAUUUUUGACCGUGUUGACCUAAAUCUAAUUUAAAAUGCUUAACCCGAACUAGUAAUUUCCGAAAUCUUAUACAUUAUAUGAAUAUGUGAAUAUGUGAAUAGUUGCUCAAUUGGAGUGAUCCCCGGGUUAGCCGAACCGGCAUAUAUCAAAAUGCCGUAUAGCAACUAAUCGGCAAUGUCGGAACUGAUCCACUAGCUACUUGUCAAUAACUUCCCGAAAUAAAGUGCAAAACAGACACCGAAUGGAAAUCUGAUUUUCAUGAAAGGUUUCAAGAGACGAAGGUUGAAUUGUAUUAUAUUGAAUUAAUACCAAAUUCCUCAUCAAACGGAUAAUACAACACUGACUCUGACAGGGCCUAUUUUAAGAAUCAGGUCACACUUCAGAGAAUGUGUAUGCCGGCUUUCAUUGAAAGUUUAAAAGUGCUCACUUUCAACUGUCGUAGACAAAACUGUGACCACAUUUUUACGCUGGAAUCCCAUGUACUGUUAGAUCUGAAAAUGUUGAAAUCUGAAGUCUCUGAAAUACCAGUUUCUUCAUUUUGGGGGUGAUUAUAUUGAAUGGUUGCAAACUUGCAAAUCUGAAAGAGUUGUUAAAAAUAUCUUUGUGAUUUUUCCUGUUCUUUAUCAUUAAGUCUAACAGCUAACCGAUUUGUUUAUGCCAUUGUGGCCUAAGCCAUCGUUCGACCUUGCUAUAAUAGCGCUAUAUGGUCUUACAAUGUUGAAACUGGGAAUUUCAAAUUUCCAAUAAUGGAUGCUUUCACAUUCAAGUUUCACACUAAAAUGGCUCCGGCCAGCUGUGACGAAGCUGCAUAUCAGUACAGUACCUCGUGUGCUUACCAUAUUGAUUCAAGCUAAUUGCUACAACAUAAGCCAGAAUAUUGGGUAUAAUCCUCAGGGCUUAUAAGUCUCGUAAUAGGCAGGACAGUUUUCCUAGACAACUUUUAUUUGCUCGUGUGUUCGACAAAACAUUGAUCAUUUUUCCUUGCCAAGGAAUCAUGUUGCAAAGCUUGUCCGUGCCAGCUUUUGGACAAUGAAAAUUUGUUCGUGACGGCUGCGAAGGAAAGCUUGACAAGUGUACAUUGUGCAAGAAGUAUUUCUAUGGCCACUUUGGCAAACAGAAGGCGACUUUGACGUGAGAUAAAUCGGUUUAACAACAUUCCUUCACACCAGCAACGAAACUUGUGAAGGCGGAAAUUUGUCAAGGAAAACUUGUUGACCGUACAGACGAGACUGAAGUAAAGUUAUCAAGGAACGGGUGUUAGAUAUAUAUAGAUAGAUAGAUAUACAGACAGAUAGAUAGAUAGAAGACUUUAUUAAAGUUUUACAUGCAUGUAACCGCACUGCGCAACUGACAAAACAUGCGAGUUUACCGUGCAAGCCGUAGAUUUUCAAAUAGAAGUUGUCUAAAUAUAUACAAUGACAAUGUUCAAAUAUAUACAUAUGUUAAAUUAUAUAAAGUUAAAAAGACAUCUAUUAUAAAUAAAACUAUUCUAAUACGUUCAGCGUUAACCAGCGUUUAAGCAUACUAUAAAACAAAAUUGGUACUAUACUCUAUAGGUAGUGAUAGCACUUAUGUAUAAUAGGACUGAGGCUCGGAAAUGGCGUAAUUGAAUUCAUUUGCUCAGAUCAUGUUGCGGUCGAUAUUUCUGUAUGCCAGUGAGUUUAGUACCUGCUUCGGGGAAGCAGGGUAUACGGAGUAAAGUCGGCUAUUGUAGGGUGAGGUCAUGAUGAUAUAAAGAGUGUUAAAUGUGACUAGUGACUACUGGUACGAAUGCGAGAUUCGUUGUUUCCAUAUGCUCGUCAUCUUCUUGGUAGGCAAACCUAUAAAGCUUUCUAAUACUUAGAGAUUGGUGGUAUAAUCUUGAACGAUCUGCGCCAGUGUGUAGAUAUAGUUCCAAUACUAAGAAAACUUCGAGUAGUUAGGGAUAUACACUACCUGAAAAAUACAAGGAGAACUUCGACGAUUCGAGCGAAGGCCCUUCGUCAGCUAGGAGGUUAGUUGUGGUUGUUUCUCUACAGAGUUGUUGAAAGGUCUUAUUUUGCAAGUCAAGUCAAUCACAAGUCAUUUGGUCUGAAUCCAAGUCAAGUCACAAGUCAUUUGGUCUGAGACCACGAUCAAGUCACAAGUCAUUUGGUCUGAGUCCUAGUCAAGUCACAAAUCAUUUGCCUGAGACCAAGUCAAUCAUUUGGUCUGAGACCAAGUCAAAUCAUUUGGUCUGAGUCCUAGUCAAGUCACAAGUCAUUUGGUCUAAGUCAAAGUCAAAUCAUUUGGUCUGAGUCCUAGUCAAGUCACAAAUCAUUUGGUCUGAGACAAAGUCAAAUCACAAGUCAUUUGGUCUGAGUCUAAGUCAACUAGUCACAAGUCAUUUGGUCUGAGUCCUAGUCAAGUCACAAGUCAUUUGGUCUGAGACCAAGUCAAAUCACAAGUCAUUUGGUCUGAGUCCUAGUCAAGUCACAAGUCAUUUGGUCUGAGACCAAGUCAAAUCACAAGUCAUUUGGUCUGAGUCUAAGUCAAGUCACAAGUCAUUUGGUCUGAGUCCUAGUCAAGUCACAAGUCAUUUGGUCUGAGACCAAGUCAAAUCACAAGUCAUUUGGUCUGAGUCCUAGUCAAGUCACAAGUCAUUUGGUCUGAGACCAAGUAAAAUCACAAGUCAUUUGGUCUGAGACCUAGUCAAGUCACAAGUCAUUUGGUCUGAGACCUAGUCAAAUCACAAGUCAUUUGGUCUGAGACCAAGACAAAACACAAGUCAUUUGGUCUGAGUCCUAGUCAAGUCACAAGUCAUUUGGUCUGAGACCAAGUCAAAUCACAAGUCAUUUGGUCUGAGUCUAAGUCAAGUCACAAGUCAUUUGGUCUGAGUCCUAGUCAAGUCACAAGUCAUUUGGUCUGAGUCUAAGUCAAGUCACAAGUCAUUUGGUCUGAGUCCUAGUCAAGUCACAAGUCAUUUGGUCUGAGACCAAGUCAAAUCACAAGUCAUUUGGUCUGAGGCCAAGUCAAAUCACAAGUCAUUUGGUCUGAGUCCUAGUCAAGUCACAACUCGUUUGGUCUGAGUCCUAGUCAAGUCACAAGUUAUUUGGUCUGAGUCCAAGACAAGUCACAAGUCGUUCUGCACAGUUGUUUUUACCAUGUUCAUGAACUGCGAAGUCACCCACGACAAUUAUAUAUUAAGAUUCUAUACAUUACAAGCUCACAGAUCUGCCAAUUGGCCUGCACUAUACUGAGUCACGCACAGUACACAUCGACGAGUGAAUUUCCAGUUGCAAGUUGUAAUUUCACUGGAUAUUUACCAAUGCACGUUUCAUUUACGUUGAUAACCACUCAUUUCUUGGGAGUCCAAGUCAAAUCACAAGUCAUUUUGUUCGAGUUAAACUCACAAGUCAUAAGAAUUGCGAGUCAAGUCCGACUCGAGUCCAAUUCACGCGUUUCGAGGCGACCGACAACUCUGGUUCUCUAUUGAAGUGUGCUUGGAAGGCUUUUCUGGAUAAUCCGGUUUUCCUCCCUCAACAAAAUCUAGCCUUUCCCCACCGAAAUCCUUCCACCUUAGUUCCAGGAUCAGACAUGUGUUGUAUAUAUGGUGGCAGCGCCCUAGUAAGCCUUCGACAUGUACACAUAUCAUUUUUGAUUUGCGUUCCUUGUAAUUCAGCUUUUUGCUGCAAGAAAAAAUGACUAACACGCCACCUUUCCUUAUUCGAGGUUUUUGAGUGAAGGUCUUAAAAUACUUGGGAAAAACUCUGUUGAAUUUCUUAUACGCUUACCUGAAUGCGCUAGGAAAACAAACCAAUUAUAUCGGGAGAGAUGUACGGAAAUUGAAGUACCGAAGCAUGGUAUGUAAACAGACUUUAUGUAAAUUGUGAAUAAGGUAUCUCUAACCUAUAGAAGAAAUUUUCUUGAAGGAACGUCCGAGAAUUCGAUGAUAUGUUGUUGAGGAUGUGACUAGAAGAUUUGGCCGACCAUCUGAACACCAGGUCCGAAUAGUGCGUCCUUUUGAAUUCAAUUCAUUGAAUUAUUAAUUAGCUCAUGAGCUAAUUUUGAAGCCGGAAUAUUUGUACUGAAAAGAGAUGUUUUAGAUCUGUCUAAUCAUAGAAAUCAAAUCGUUAGGUAUUUAAAUCAGUUUCAUUAUUAUACAAAUAGCUUUUCCUAUUUGAAUCGAAAUGCAUUAAACACUUGAGGCUGUUUGAUUGGUGUUGCCUCGUUAAAAUUAUUCACUUAGUGACCAAACAGAGUGACCAAUUUUCUUAUAGACAGCAGGUGUUCUAUCCGCAUGAGAACCCCAUUCUUCUAAAGGCUAUCAAAGUUCUUGUGAUCACAGUAGGAAUUUUGCAUGGGUAAAUUCCAAGUUUUGGAGGAUUUGUAAGAAAUGUUUGAGGGAACGAACUCGGUGUUAUUGCAAUGAGUCAGUUCCCUAUUCCUUAUACAAAUCCUUCAAAACUUAGAAUUUACCCAUGCAAAAUUCCUACUGUGAUCACAGAAACUUUGAUAGUGUAAAUGAACCUUUAAGAAUGUUUUUGACUUGACCAUCUCAUGGAAAGUAAUGAAGUUUAAUACUAAGCGUACAGUGGGACAAAAAUGUGAAGUUUGCAAUUACACCAUUUAUUUCUCCUAAAAGCACUCGAACUGAUGCUGCAUAUUAUUUUGCUAAUCAGUUUAAAUUUAUAACCUAGGGGCCUAAAACAAAAGCCAUAUGGUAGUAGGCUCCUAGCCCAUUUCUUGUAAAUAGUUUAUUUCUUUAAUGUGCAAUAUCAAUAUCUUGGGCGAAAAACCCCCCCCAAAAAAACCCCACUAAAUCCAUAUUAUAUCCAUACUAUUUCGAUACUAUAUCCAUACAAUGGAAAUAUACAAUUAUUAUGGAUAAUCAAAAUCCAUUCUACUUCCAACAAAGGUCCAUACAAUUUCCAUUCUAUGACCUUCUAUGGAUUUUCAAAAUUUUUUCCAGUGGUAAUAACAACGAAUUAUUCUAUUGAUAACCAUCUAGUGGUCAUUAUGGCGAGUGCAUAAAAAAACGUUCAUUUCUAAAAAAAAUGUGUGGCAAAGAGAAGAAUGCAUUUUUUACAAAACAUUUUUCAAUAGCCCCGGCGGGGAGUCUCAGAACUCAGGAAAUGCCAUUUAAGAGCGUGCAUAUUUCAACCCCCUUAGAGCUCAAUUUUCAGAGAUCAUACGAUCGAUCCUAUAUGCUUUGGCGAAACCGUUUCAUUACUAGCAGUGCGCUUCAGAAAAGCACUCACCCCCCUGAAAAUAUUCAAAAUGGUGAACGUUCAGGGUGGUGAAUGCCUCUUGCAAGCGCACCAGCUAGGAACAUGGCGACAGCAUUUUGAUGACGAGUCAUUGCAAAUCAUGGCGUGGCUGUAGUUAUGCUUUUUGGCUGAGUCGACCUUCUGUAAGCUCUCUAUUCUGUGCCCAUGGCGUGAAUGACUAUUCAAGAAACUUGACAGGCGACUAUCUGGCGCUAGCGACACUAAAGUGGCUUCUUAGCAUUCUAUUCAUUUUCCGCAUUCGAUUAACUCUAUUCAAUUUGCUCAUCAAAGAGUUUUAGCUUGUGACGUCGGGCUGGCAAGUGGCAACCGUCAUCGCGCAUAUAUCCCUUUUGCCAACCUUGAGGAAAUAAUAUACAAUGGUAAAAUGCCAGCCAACUCUUUUAUCAACUCUCAUCGACUUUGAACUUGUUCAAAUUAUUUGAUAAAAGUUUUCGCGUGCACACGUGGUUAUAUCCAGUCAACUCUCAUGCAAUUCUUGUAGUCUCAAAAUUCAUCUCUUCCGCUAAAUUUUCGAUGCACACAAAUAAUUAGCUGUGUAAAAAUGUGGAACAUAGCUAUUGAGUUCUCAAUUUCUUUCUGAAUACGUUUUGCAUUACAUAACUCCGAAGGCUUGCGCUAUCCAGUGUACACUAUUUAGAUCAGUGACCUAUUUGCGUUAUAAUAACACGAACCUGCGGGUUAGAAUUCGACAACUGGACUCUGUAGUUCAGUUUGUUAGAGCGCUGCACCGGAAUCGAUUCCUACCUACCAGAGAGUCUAUGGUUGUAUUUUUCGCAACUGCUCCUAGUUAGGUCUACAAAAGCCCUUCGAACGUUAGUUCAAUCAACAGUGGCGUAGCCAAGGGGUGGCGAGGGGGGGGGCGGUCGCCCCCCAAUCGCAAAAAACCAUUCUCUGAAAAAGGCUAAAUCCGUAGAGAAAUGGGGGGGGGGGGGAUACACGUUACAUCCUCGAAGCUGAAACUGAUCAAGUACGUCUCGACUGAGGAAAACGACGAUAUACUGGAGGAACUUGAUUUGUAAAAUCUCGUUAAAGCAGUUGUAGAUAUGGUUCCAAGAAGAAUAGAUUUAGUUUAGAUUUACAUGUAUGCAUUAUCAUAGCAUGAAUAUUCUUCUCAGACUUAUUCUGUAUCGUAUAUUUUGAGAAUGCGGAAAUGCUGUCUCAUAGAACCUAUAGAAUGAUUUAAAUGCAACAUUUCUGAUCAAAAUCACAUUGGGAUUUUCUUCCCCCAGCAUCACACUGAGGUGAAAUAAGGUGACGCUGACCGGCUCCUCCUGUUUUUCAAGGUGACUUUUCCAAUUUAUUUAAUUACGAGUAGAAAAUUAGAAAUGUCUGGGAAAAUUUAUGUCUUCGAUGUACUUUCUAAUCUUCUAAAUUCUGCAAGAUUUCACCCCCAAAAUGCUUGAAAUCGCAUUUCAGGGACUCUAGAUUUCAAAAAUUUCCAGGGGGUGCAUGCCCCCGGAACCCCCUAGAUGCUCUCGCGCCUUCGGCGUUCGCUUUGUCCCCCCCCCCAAAAAAAAAAUGAAGGUCUGGCUACGCCACUGUCAAUCAAGUAAGACACCUAGAAUAGAGACUUCCGAGUAUAGCAUUCUGAUGGUUGUCAGUGGACAGUGUGCGUGAUAGGGAAGGCACUCAUUCAAUUUUUUGUAUAGCUUUCUCGAUAUAUAAACAAUCUUAACCGAGUUUCAAAUUAAUCAAAUAUUUCAUUCACGAGUCCAGAAUCUCAAUGAGGAUCUCAUGCAGUCAUAUAGCGAAAACGGUAUCAACAUGUCGUUUGUCUUUAUCGUUGUUUGUUUCAACUGUUGUCGCCUGUUAAUUUGUUUAUCUGUUUAUUGUUAUGUCUAAUGUCUGUCACGCCUCUGCUGUCACGCUAUAGUGUAAGUUAUGUUAUGCACUAUAUGUAUGUUGUGGAACCCCGUUAUUGGAGAUUUUUCUGUGUGUGGUCAUUCCAGCCAUAGUGUGUAAUUUAUAGUUAGUUUAUACAUAUCUUUAAUAAUGGCAAACUUGUAAAAUAAAAUAGAAUAAUCCUAAUAGUUAGUGAAUGUUUCUUUCACCUCCGCGAGGGCUUUGAUUUGUGCAAUAGCCAAUAAGCAUGCACGCAGUUGUCUGAUUAUAAUUUUGCUUCAUUCAUAUAUGAGAAGAGUAGUGCUUCCAAACACCAAACGUAUGUUUUUUUCUGUGUUGGUGUAAUUUACUCAGGUGAAUAUGAUGCUUGUGAUGUUACUCUGAGUGUAUAUCCACACCGGGCAAGCUUUAAAAAUAUGCCUGACCACGGUGGGAAUAAAAAAUCAUCAUAUUCACCUGAGUACAUUACACCAACACAGAAAAAAUUCGAUGAUUACUAGAUUACAUUGAUAUCGAAGGAACUAGAUUCUGUUCCGAAAUAUCACAUACUCGAACCGACCUGACCGCGUAGCUCAGUUGGCAGAGCAUUGGGCUAGUAUUCCAAAGGUCGUAGGUUUGAUUCCCACCGCGGUCAGGCAUAUUUUUCAAGCUUGCCCGGUGUGGAUAUACACUCAGAGUAACAUCACAAACACCAAACGUAUAUAUGUUUCCUGGUACUUUGAUUUCUUCCUGUGGUAAUGCUAGAUUACUAAGGCCGGGAUGGCCGUUCUGGCAUUUUAGGAAGACCACUUUAGAAUUGAUCUAUCCGGUAUAAAUAGUUUAGUUUAAGGUUCCUCCUGCAUGUAGUAUAACCGAUAAUUGAUGAUCCUUACUGGAACUCUAAGGUGAACUGUUUGGAACGGAUAGAGUUUCCAGAAUGAAGAAAUUUUACUUAUAUGUAUGGGGAGGUCGUUACUGGACCUUUCAAUUAGGAAGAACAGUUUAGAAGUGACAGAGCUAUCCACUGUCAAUAAAGUAAUUUAGUUUUUAAUUUUUAUUAACCAUAUUCAAUGCUGUGGAAUUAGGACGUAUAUAGUUCUCAAAUUAGCAACAAUGCACUCGAAAUAGUCUACAAGCCAAUAUUUAGGAUAUCCGACAUCUCUUUAUAUCAGUGACGCAACAUGGGAAAAUUUUGAAUUUAAUACCGUUAUCUAAUCGCCUUCCUGGUUUCUUCCUGGAUUUGUAAUGAUUUAUGUUUCGCAAUCGCAAUACACUGCAUUGUUUCCUAAAUUAAUUAAAUUAAGACCAUUUAGACUGGAUAUCCGUUUCAGGCUGUUCUCACUAGAGAGCCACUAAGUAUCCUAUGGAGGUCCACUGAGGAUCCUAUAAUUCACUAAGGAUCCUAUAGAGGUCCACUGAGGAUCCUAUAGAGGUCCACUGAGGAUCCUAUAGAAGUCCACUAAGGAUCCUUAUAGAGCCAUAAAGGUCCACUAAGUGUCAUAAACCAUUGUUCCAGUUUCAUUGAAGGAAGAAACAUAAACUAAUCUAACUUUAUUUAUUCUGAAUUGCUCUACCCAUUUCAAACUGUUCUCCCUAUAGGUCCAGUGAUACCACAGGAGAAAAACAUAUAAAGUUUAUUACUAGCUUUCAGUACCGAUUUUAAACUAUCCUUCUUAGAGGUUCAGUAACGGUCAUCCAGUAUUGAUGUAGUUUACAACAUGCAGGAGGAAACCUAAACUAACUUUAUUUAUACUAGACAGCUCUAUAUCAGUUCGAAACUCUUCUUUCUAGAGGUCCAGUAAGGGUGGUCUUUUAUUGAUCCAGUAUUACUACAGGAGGAAACCUAAACUAAACUGACUUUAUUUAUACAGCUGAUAGCUCUCAUAUCAGUUCUAAGCUAUUCUCCCUAGUGGUCCAGUGAAGGUGAUCCCUUAUUGAUCCAGUGUACAGGAGGAAAUCUAAACUAAACUAACUUUAUUAUACCGGAUAGCUCUAUAUCAGGUCCAAACUGUUUAUCUUCAUUCUUCAAGGUUCAAUAACGACCGUGGCAUGGCUUUCUAGAGCUUUUUACAGUAGGAAACCGAAGUAUCCGGAGAAGACCUGUAGUGUUUCAGUGUUUGUUGGAGCGAAACUUAAAGCACUCUUCUUGCAUGCGACUGAGGCAAACUACUCUAGAAUCAAAGGAAUCGCCAGGAACGGAACCUCAGUCGCAAAGACAAACGACACACGCCACCAACAUCUCAUCUUACAAACAAUUAAACUGUAAACAAGAACAUAAAAUUGUUGAUUGACAACUCUGAAUAGUAUAUAGCCGAUUAAUGUGGAAUAUGCGAGAAUAUGCUAGGCUAACGGCUAUAAAAUAUAUCAUAUCAAAUUUUUUUUAUAUAUAUAUAUAUAUAUAUAUAUAUAUAUAUAUAUAUAUAUAUAUAUAUAUAUAUAUAUAUAUAUAUAUAUAUAUAUAUAUAUAUUCAAUAUUGAAUUUGUGCGUAGUGGACUAGAGUGCUCAACACCAAUAAAUCAGUAGAGCAAAUAAAAAGACAUAAACAACAAAUUUCAAUCAUAAAAUUUUAUUUCAGCGAUGAAAUAAAAUUUUAAGAUUGAAAUUUGUUGUUUAUGUUUUUUAUAUAUAUAUAUAUAUAUAUAUAUAUAUAUAUAUAUAUAUAUAUAUAUAUAUAUAUAUAUAUAUAUAUAUAUAUAUAUAUAUAUAUAUAUAAGGUAGUCAGCUAGAAGUUUUGUUUUUUCAAUCUUGCAAAAAUAAAUUAUCCAACAUUUCAAAAUUAUCCAAUUUUUCAUCUUACAUGAAUAUUGCUUUCUAUACUGUCUGCUUCAAAAAUACCGGUACGAUGUUAUCUUGUUUGAAUAGAGGCCCUGCAAUUUGAAACGGCUGUACCCUCAAUUCUCCAUAGAGGCCUUUCAAUCGCUUCGUUUGUUUUGCAUAAACUGGUAAUUGUAUUAUAUAGGUGUUAAAAAUGACCUAAUUUUGGUGCCUCUGUGUACUUUAGAAACUUUUUAAAGUACAAAACAUGUACACAAGAUUUUCACUGAGCAUUUAACAGUUCGUCGCCUUUGUCAAAACAUUGCGUGAGAUUACGUUUCCUCCGAUUGUGAGGGAUCUAUUAAGCGGUGUUUUUAAAUGCAGGAAUCAGAAAUUUUUUCUGCCAAUCCCUGGAUCAAAUAUUACAAGUACAUUUCCUACGGCUCUCGUGGCAGUUGUUGGAAAAGACCAGAAAUGUUUAACAAAAAUUACGGUAAAUGUCAGAACUAACUAAUAUUUAUCAAUAAUAUUAAGUGUUAUUUGUUAUGACAGGUUUUUAGUGUUAGAAUAUGCUCUAUAGUUUGUUUAAGACCUGUUAUUAUUGAUAUUAACUUGUUUUUGAGGCCCGUUUUCUUAUGGGGGUUUUAAGACACGUAUUAUAAUUUGGGAAGCCCCAAGUCCUUAUGGCGUACAGUGUUAAAACUUCAUUUUUUAUAUAUAGCAAAUUUUAUCGGUGUUACUACAAAUAUUGUAGAUUUAAUGAUCAUGUACAAUUAAGAGGGCAUUGGGAACAGCUGGAAAAUGCACCGUAAUUAUACUUCAGUACUUUGAAUUAAAUUUAUAUCUGGAAGUAUAUACCCCCUGUGGAGAUAGGGGAAUAUAUAGCUUAUAUUCAAGAGCUUGUAUGUCACUAUAUGGGAGGUUUCGUUUGUAUAUAGACUGUAUAUAUAGGGCAAGCAGAUCAAUAUAUUUCGACUUUGGUAUGUGAUUUUCCCCCCUGAGAUUCUACACUUUUGUAAAUGUGUCAAACAUACUGGUGUCUUCAUUCUUCUGACAAGUGUCGCCAGACAAGCAGAACAUUCUAUUUGGCUGGAAAUAUACAACCCGAGACCUUUGCAUUUCUAAAACGAUGCUCUGCCGUCUGAACUACAAGACCAAGUUGGAAACGAUGUUCCUUUUCUUGUGAUGUUGAUGACAUUUCGGAUUUUUUUCCUCCGAUGUCCGACGCUAUAUAGCUAUCACUUCUCUUAUACAUUUUCUUUGUGAGAAGAGCGCCUCCCUACCAACACCACCCCAUGUUUUUUCCGUCACUAUAUACACACAGUAAUAUAACAGUGGACCUAUCAUGUAGCUGUCUUGAAUAUUCAAAAAUAUUUGAAGCUGGAAGGAGGGAAUUUUCAGUCGAUUGAGAUAAGAUAAUGUGAACACAGCUAUAAUUUUUACAGCUGGAAACCGGUACCCAGCCUUGAAAACGAAAAGAAAGGUAAUAUAUGUUUUCCAAGACAUAUUACCUUAUAUUUAUUAUUGCAAAGUUUGCUAUAUGCAUGAAGUCAAAUAUAAAGCUCUCUAAUAGCCCCACCCUCAAUCUUCGGACAAUCGUGCUCAACUGAUCGGAGGUGACGGGCAGCGCGCUCGGCAUGUAUUCUGCCCGGUGUUAAACACCGAGUCAAGGGGGCUGGCGCGGUGUAAAUAUUUCUUACAAAUUCUUCAAAACGUAGAAUUUAUCUGUAUGUAAAAUUCCUACUGUGAUCACAGAAACUUUGAUAGUGGCUUUAAUAAGGGGGGAUUUCUCAAAGGAGUGUCGAUGUCUAUAUCAUAUAUUUCGCGCACAAUAGGGUUAUAGGGAUUACGCUUGUGUUUGAGGCCAAGAUCAAGGAGAAAUAUAUUCUUGCGCAAAGCAUGACAGCUUGCAAAAAUGAAAAAGUGGUCUAUAUACUCUGAAUCGCAACGUCAGAGUUGGAUCGCAAGCUUGCACAACGCUUGAUUUCAAAGUUAUUUGACGGCUGAUUAUGACACCCCGAGGUCACGUCUCCUGAAGACGCAAUACGUAGUCUCGAACGUCAAGUUUGAUCAUUUUACUUGACCAAAGCAAAAUCUCGUCCUUCCGUAUCCGCAAGAUUGGCGUCUUACUUAUGGGCUGAGAGAUUACGUCACACUUUUAAACGGCGAGGGCUGGUCCCCAAGAGACUUCAGGGUGUCAUAUAGUGUCAAAUAUACUCAGUGCUUUCAAGCAUACAUACAUCAGAAAUAUGUAUAGAGCAUCGCAAAUGUACGGUUAUGGUUGGUGGACAGUAAAUCCUUCAAUGUACUAUAGAAAUUAUGGUAACUAUAUCAUUAUUAUAUAAUCUACAUUACAAGACGAUCAUCUAUAUAUAUAUAUAUAUUUGCAGGGUAUAAAGUUUAAUUAAGUACUUUUACUCAGACUGAUGGCGGGUUGUCUUUAUUUCAAAUCGUAUUAGGCAUUCAAGUUUUGCUGAAAUAUAUAUAUCACUGAUAUAGUGUUCCAAAUUAAAGUAGUUUAUAACUGUAUACUGUUAUUAGGCUAAUGAGCCAUUUCACACUUGCUGUGCUGGGCGGGCUGUCUUUCAAACUUAUACUAAGCCGAUUUGCUCACAAUAUAAAAUGAGUUGUCUAUACAAUUAUGAUAAAUCUUUAUAUUUAUCACCAUCAGUAUGGAGAACGCUAGUUUAUAACAUAUUAGCAUAGAAUUUUAGGCGGGCUAUUUUUUCAUUCGACUCGGUUAUAUGGCGCAUUAAACUUUUCUUCCUUAAUAUAUUUGCAUCAUGCCGAUUAAGUAAUUUUGCUGACAUAGACUGCAGGCUGUGGGGCGUUUAUCUUUCCAUAAAAUCUUACUGCCUAUUUACGUAAGUUUUACUUAAGUCACAAAGUGGGGUAAUUUUUAAAGUUAUCCAUGCACCCAUAUUGAACUAACUUUUAAUAUGUUGAAAUCAGUUUCUCAAAAAACAUUUCGUGACUUUUUGAGUUGUGUCAUCUUCAAUUGCGCUCCCAAGUUUUGACAGAUUAAUAUAAUUAGAUUCUUUUCACAGUUACUUUGAACAGAAAAGUAUUUGUAAAAGCUUUUAGCGGUUAUUUAUUGACACAAAAUUGCCUGGUAUCCCUUUAAAUCGUGUAUAAUCAUGCCCCAAAUGUGGCAAAACUGUAUCAGUGAUAUGCCCAAGGACAAGCUAAGGAAGGAACAGUGACUUAUUGAGAAGCUUCGUCGUUUUGAGGCCGUUCAUCGAAGUGUCUCUAAUCUUUUUCAAGCUGACGAGUGAACAUUCGCAGGUUUUUUUGCUGGCCACAAUCUAUUCAGCGCGCGCGGCGGCAUAAGUUCAAAAGAUUUUUUUGCGCGUCAGUCGGCCCGAACAAUAUUGGUUGAAAAUUGUUUUCAUUUGAUGUCGUUUUCGCUCAUUCUUGCCCGUUUCUCAAAUUCCGAAUACGAUUUUACAAAUGUUUGAAAAUGCUUGGCUCGGCACUAAAUCACCUCAGUCGCGGUAAUUGUUGAAGAAAAGGGUGGGUCGGAAAUAUAUUGGCAUAGUUCCAUGAUGGGGCUUUUUCUAGAUGGCGCCAGUUCGAGUGAAUUGUUUGUGAGUUAAAAAUAUGUUCUAUUUUUUUUCGGUUUGUUACAGAAUUUUGAGUGUGUAGCGUCGUUUUUCGUACUGUGAGGCAAGAGGAAGGUGUUUUCUCUCUCUCUAUAUUAACCUAUAUUUUUUUCAUGAAUGAGGGCACGUUAUGGGGAAACUUGCGUGCAGCUUAUUCAAACUUGAUCUUCCUUCCUUAACCUCAUGCAAGACCUAUUUUCUAUUGUUUUCUUUCCCUUUUUUUGUUCUAAAUUACCUGUAUUCCAACGCCGCUAACGGAACCGAACAGAUUGCAAAGGCCAAAAUUGGAACUUUACCCUUAAUUUACUGCAUGAAUAGCGUCACGAUGUCAUUCAUUUGCAUGUCUCUGAUUCACACACAUUCACCAGAGAAAAUUGCCACCUAAAUCGUCUUCAUUUUGUAUUUGUUCCCUCUUUAUUAACUCUAAUUCAUUUCAAUGUUAGACCAAGCGUUUGAAAAAGAGUUCUAUAUGUAAUAGUGCCUCCAUGCAUAUAUGGAACUCUUUUAUAAGAGAAAGCAAAAUGCUAUCAAGUUUUGAAAGGAAAAUCGCUACCUAUCGCUUUUAAAACAUGUCAUUUCUCUAAAUAAUAUAUCAACAUAGAAUUUUAUAUUUGCAUGCUAAUUCCUUAUUAUUCUUUAAACUUGUAAUUAAUCGUUAUUUUUUUACACGCCUAUUGGGGAAACCAACAUUAGCUAACAAUGUUAGCGUGGUUAAAUACAGUACGUGUAUCAUCUUCAUAUAGAAAAGGUUUCAAAACCACCUUUCAUUUUAGUCUUAACGGUAUUAAAGUAAGAAAAAGGAAACAGUCAAGUUAGUGUCAUGUUCAGAUAUAAGUCAUACACCUUUCUAGAAAUAAGAAACAUUUCAACUUAUAUGGUGUUGUUGGCGGUAUAUUAAUGAUGAACGUUUUUGCCUUUUGUGUCUGUGAUGGGACUCUGUUCCAACUAUCUAGUACGAAUAAAAUCAGUUUAGUUUUUUCAUAGUGCUCUAUUUAGAAACUUUAUUUCAAUAAAUCCGUUGUAGAAAAAGAUUAACAAUGCGUCAGCUUAAAUCUCGGAUGUUCCUAACUGUCUGAUAAAUUUUUAACAAUAUAUAAUAUUCUGAAAUGGUAGCAAUAUUAAUAGAUAUGAAAGAUGGAAUAAUUAGUUCAAUAUCUCAGUCCCGUGAUGAUGAAUUUGCACUUUCAUCUGUCAAAACAUUGCCUCAAAUGGGAUGUUCCAACCAAGCUGACGAAUCACGCAGUUCAUUUCUAUCAUGCGCGGUUAAGGCCCUAUAAACUGCGUCAUCGAAAUUAAAUCUUUUCCCGAAACAUUGUCACUGUACCUCGCGGCGCCUCACAAAAAGAUCUAAAUACAAUUAUACGUGACGAACAUUAAACAUCAAACUAUAUACCAUGGUAUACUGUUCAAAGAUUGGUAUAUUAUACGGGUAAAAAGACUGUAAUUGAUGGCAUUUUGAAAAAGAAAUCAAUAUUAUUACAUUUUCGCAACCCAAGUGACGUGCUGCCUCAAGGAAUGAAUAUACAGUUUUAAAAAGUUGGAAAUAAAAGCAACUCAUGGGUAUGUCUUAUAAAUCAGUAUGUUUUGGUUUACGAAAAGUUGGAGGGAGUUUGAUACCAUAAAGAUAGCAUCACUUGCUGCAAUUUUUGCCAAACUUUUUGCUGCAAUUUUAGGUGCGAUUUCCUUCUUCUGAUGGAUGUGAACGAGUGGAUGAGUUAGGAAUGUUUAGAUGAGAGUAUACAUAUACUCAGAGUAUUCAUAAAUGAUCCACUCGUUUAUAUCCAUCAGACGAAGAAAAUCGCAGCAAAAAUUGAAAGUGUAAACGAGCCCCGAAGAGUUUGUCACUAUCGCCUAAAGGCUGAUUUCCACUGUUGCGUUUUUCGUACGCACCUACACGCACGUAAAACUUGGAAUCCUUCUAUUUUUUAAAUAUUUUACAAAUAAGUUAACAAAUGCAUACUAAAACUUGCGGAACACUAAAUUCUGUUGCUUUAUUUAUUUGGUUAUUUCAUAAGUAACAUUUAAACGGGAUUUAAAGUUUUACGUGCGUAUACACACGUAUGAAAAAUGCAACGGUGGAAAUCAGCCUUAACUGUCUCCUAAAAGCCUGAUGACAAAACUGCAUUUUAUAAAUCAUAUGUGAAUACGUUCCAUAGAAACCGUUGCCUUUAUAUAUGCACUAAAAAUAUUGAAUACCUGUUUGAUAGAUUGUAUAUACAAAAAAAUGCAUUGAAUAUAUAGUUAAACAGUUCCCGAAUUUAAGACAUUAUUUAUGGAGUACGCCAGGGUUCUACUUUUGGACCAUUCCAUUUUUUCCCUACUUAUACACAUUAGUGAUUUUUAGGAUGAUCAAAAGUAGUAUUGAUAAAACCAAAUCGAGUUUAGCUGACUCUUAUUGAUUAUAACUGAUCAUCAGUUCGAAAUAUGGAGUAUCUCACGGUUAUACUUUUGGACCUUUUCAUUUUUAUAUAUUUCUAAUUAUUUUAACAUUUUAAUGUACAUCAGUGAUGCAAAUGAAUAUUCAGUCAUUAUAAUUUAGCUACCCUAGUUUGCAUGAUCAUUUUGAACUGAAUUUGUAUGGAGUACCUCAGGGCUCUACUUUUGGACGUUCCUAUUUUUCGUCUCUAUAUACUUUAUAUUUUUACAACUUUCCAAUGCAAAUGAUAGAGAUUUGUCUUUAUGAUAUUGACAAUUACUUCAGACGGCGGAUAGAGAACUAGGAAAAUGAAUACAAAAAAAUUUCCCAUUGUUUAUAGUUACUUUUCAGUAUCAUAGAUGUGAUUUAUAUAAAAACGAUUUAACUAAACAAAGGGUGGGAAAAUCCGACUGUGUUUGCAUGAGUAAAUCCAUUGGGAAAACGUAUAUAUAUAUAGGUUUCAUUUUGAGGAAAAAUUUGCUCACUUUUUUUAAAACAUUCAUAUGCAGUUUCAGGGCAGCUUGGGUUGGUUUCAUACCUUAAUCAUAACUAUAAAAGGGUUCGUAUAUAAUAAACCUUUUUUCGAUAUAAUAUUCUUUAUUUGAAUGUUUGCAUUUCGAUUACAAUAUAUAUGUAAUUAUAUGUAACCACUUCUUCAGUACUGGAAUAGGAUUUCCUUUGUUAAUAUAUAAUUCUAUUUAUAAGGCCGAAACUUUGUAUGCGCAAAAAUUAUGAAUUCAUUUUUAGGCACAAUCCAAGGUCAAAGCUUGUGUAAAAACGCUUUUCAAUCCUAAAUUCAAAAAAGUUGUAGCCUACUUUUGAGCUAGGUUGAGAUUGUUAUACCUGAUUGUAUAUACUGCUUCAGAUUGAAAUUAAUAUUUUGUAAUUUUUGAGGGCAUUGACACUGUAAAGUGCACAAGCCGGAAAUGGCUGCCUUGCUAUAAUAAAAAAAUACAUUGCGCAAUUUUCCUAGACGCAGUGUUUAAGAGUUUGACGGCGACCUUAAUUGAACAGGUUUUCACAGCAGUAUGCAAGCAAAUGUUUUGUAACGGUUUCAGGAACAUUCGAAAAAGAUGUUUGCCAUAUAGAAAGUUUUUUUUAGAUAGAAAUGUUCUCGAGUGAAUGCGUCCAAAUCGCAUUAUUUGAAGCAGAACAUUCUGCCUGUAUGCUCUUGCAAUUGGGCGCUGACGCUCACUUGGACGAGCGUCAAGCUAGCCUGAUUUAGAAGGUCGCAGGUUCUUAACCCAGCCACGGCAGGCGGAAUUUUCUUACACAGUUUGGACGCAUUCACUCGAGACGAGAACAUCUCUUCCCAUCAUUUACCGAGUGAACAAUAUCACAACAUUACACAACGUUUUUUGUAUAUAUUGCGCCAUUACGCAAUUUUUUGCCAAUGCGUAUUCAGAGACUAGGGGAGCCACUUAAAAAUUGGUUUGCAAGGCUGCAACGUCUUGCAAACGUUUAGGGGCAUUGUAAUUUGAAGUACAGUAUAUGUUUAUGCAGUUUUUAUAAGAAGAAAACCUGCCUUUCAAAAAUUAUUUUGUAUAUACUGCAUUUAUUACGCAAUGUUCCUGCGCAUCUGUAAAGCUGAGGGCCGCCUACAAGUAUCCACCAAAGUUCCGGCAUUCAUCAUAAUCACAAAUUAAACAAAUCCGGUCAAACUGGCUUCUUUUCCGUCAGCAUAUGUAUUGUUCUGUGACUGGGCGUAUAAUAUUUAGUGCCUAGCCUUAUACCUUUCGACGUGUUCAGUUUCGAGGCAUGUGAGACCUGCAUACGAACUCGCGCGGACAGCAGACCGUAUUUGUAGUACAGAAAAAUUUCGUUGGACGUUUUUGGAGUAGCUUCAAAGAUGAUGUUAUACUGUAGGUACAUGAUUUUUUUAACUGUGUGUUCUCUUUUUCAAUUUGUUAAAUUGCGGCAUCCCGAAAUUGCGGUAAAUAUCAUUACCGGUGACUUUACAUGGAAAUAUGAGGCAUGGGCGUUUACGUAAUUACUGUGACCAAGGCAGGUUUCACUAAGCACCAUCGCAGGUAACAGAUGGAUGAGUAACCUGCACAGCUGCACUAGUUAUCAGUGUGAGAAAAUAACGCUUUUUUAUUAUGUGUUGCAUUUGAUGGAUGGAAAAUAAAUGAAGAAAUGUACUUCAAAUUUUUCAAAUUAUUCCGGACCUAUUCUAACACCGUAACACCUAGCCAAAUUAGGCAUAAUGUCAUGACAAGUCUGGGAAAAUGAAGUCUACUUUUAAAGACAGCUAGUUAUAUAAUAUCCUAAAAACAUUUAUAUUUUUGAAAUCGUUAUCCGCUUUUUCAGACGCAGCUGCCGUAAGGAACUUUGAGGAAAACUCUCGAAAACUGAAGAUUAAAGUUGAACCCGACGCGAGUCAGUCAUGCCACACUUUCACAGACGGUACAGCCGCAAAACCCUGGUCCCUUGACUCAGUCGCAACAACCAGUGCAACUCUCAGCAAUCCUAGUUACAGCCGUGCAGUUGUACAAAACGACGAAACAAGCCGAGCGCCCAGCAGAGGCCAAAGCGAACCCACACCAGCACUUGUAUCAUCCGCAGUUCACAGAAGCCCCCCGAUGCCACAACUUUACACCCAAAGCGUUAUCACAGAAGCUUCGACCACUUCGCAAACCGCUACGGAUCAAUAUCGACCUUUGGUAUGUAUAGUGAAAUUCUCAUUAUAGGGGCUGGUUUUUCAAAGCUGGAUUAACCCUAACCCCCGGUUAAAAUUUAACCUGAUUUUUUAAGCUGGUUUACACUAUCAAAGUUUCUGUGAUCACAGUAGGAAUUUUGCAUGGGUAAAUUCUAAGUUUUGAAGGAUUUGUGCGAAAUCUUUGAGGGAACUGAGUCACUGUUAAACACUGAGACAGUCCCCUCAAACAUUUCUUAUAGAUCCUUCAGUUCUAAAGAAAUAUUUCCAAAUCUAUAAACAAGCUGAAUUACGAAGUGCGUAGUUCAUCUGACCAAGUCGAAGGCCUCCUAAUGAUAUCUUUGGCAGUCACCUUGUGACUAAUAUCUGAUCGCGGACACAGCUAUGAUGGAAGGGUCUCCCAACCCAUCCUGCCAACAUUCCGUGUGGGAAGAAAACCCACGAAUAUCGGUAGAGCGUUGACGGACUCUCUUCUCGUAAGGUGUCACUCCGCAGUGAAAAUCGAACCCACAAUCUCAGAGGCGAAAGGUAUUUGCUCUGACGAAUGCUCGCGCCAUCGAAGCCUCGCGUUUGAGCUGUUUCCGUUCACAAUUCAUCCCUCAGUUUUCAUUAAGAAUGAUUUGCACUGGCAACCCUAUCAUUUACCUUUCCACGUGAAAGAUGGGCAUACCUGCGAGCAAAUUAUGCUAAUUAACUAUUUUCAUGAUCAUUACAGGUUCGAGCACAAAGUAACCCGCCACGAUACAUGCACAAUUCCCACAAACACAGCUGGACACAACGACAGAAAGAAGUGAAGAAAAUCCUUAAACAACGAACCCAAGAAUGGAAGGAGAAGCAGUCUCUGUAUCAGUUGAUGCGAAGUGCUGCCGUGUCGCAGAAUUCCCUAAUUGGCUAUCGUAAGCGGGGAAAAGACCAGGUGUUGUAUGCCCCAGGCCGGGGAAAACACCCUACCGGAACUGAGGUCAUACCCCAAACCGCAUUCAAUUGGUACCCAGGUUUCGUGACCCCAACCGAUCUGACACAUAUUCGCUCAUAUCCGGUUCCUGGUUAUCCAAUUAUGCCUGAGUAUGAUCCGAAGUUUACCCCCAAUCUUGGUCCGCGUCUGAAGCGUCGUUAUAGCAACGAAGUGACUUCGUCAGGCGCAGGAAAAUCGGGCAGUGCAGGUCAGACAGUGGGUGGUGGUCAUGAACCGAUUAUCAAAGAAGUGGUUUCGCUUGCUGACACGACAUCUCCCCACAUUGAUGAGGAAAGUUCCGUCGAACAUCGAAGAAGUAAGCGAGUUAGGAAAAGUAUAGGUAUGUAUAAAACAUUAGAAAUAUCUGAAAAUUUGGAUGAUUUUGUUUACCCGUAAAAACAUACAACAAUUUUAAUUUUUUGCAAGUGUCAUCACGCAAGAAAUUGCUUCUUUGCAAAAAUAGUUCUCAACCUUCAAUUUGCACAUCAGUUCCUUUUUGUUGCAAUUAAGCAAGUGACUUAGUCUAUAGAUGUUUCUGAAUCAACUUCUGUUCAGUAUAAAAAAGGAAUGGCUCUUACGACAUCUAGGAAUUAUGAUCCAUAUUUGACCAUCAGCCUCCGGGGAGAACAGUUCAGAACUGAUCGAGCUAUCGUGUAUAAAUAAAGUUAGUUUAAUUGAGGUUCUCUUCAGUAGUGACACUGUGCUUUGUGAGAACAGUUCAGAAAUGAUAGAGCUAUCCAGCAUGAAUAAAGUUAGUUGAUAGUUUAAGACCUUAUCUUUAUAUUUUCAGAUGAACCAGGUCACCCAGAACGCCGAGAAUCGGUCGACAGUGCAAACAGCGAGACUGAUGUCGACUCCUUAACCGCAGGAAAAUAUAUCUCAGAUUUUGCAGAAACAUUUCAAAACACGCCCGAAGACCAUCAAGUGGCACAUAUCAAUGGCCUCCUGAGUCUGCCAUCGAGCCGAGAGACACGGUAUGGUAUUACAUAUGGCGAACUGAAAAGGCGAUGUGGCGCUCCAGAGUUUCUGACACGUGUUGACCUCGUGGCGUAUGUGCGCCACUCCAAAAGCUCUGGACGUAGUCUCUUGGACAAGUACAAAAUCGUGUCCGCAAACCGCGCGUCCCGUCCCACCAUCAUGUCCAAAAUGUGCGAAAACGAGGCUCGCGUUUUAGGAGAUGGGAUCCUUCGGAUGAAUAUGGAUUACUUUCCCGACAAGAUGUUGGCGGAAGUCGCUACUGAGAAGCUGAAAGAAGGUUUGGAAGAUGGCGAAGAAGAUGAAAAGAAGGAAGAUAAAAUGAAGGAGAAAGUGAGAGAAAAGAUGAAGAAUAUUGAAACUACAAGGUACGGGAUCCCUAAUGUAAGAUAUAUUGGUAACACAGCGGUUAGUCUUUCAUCCUGGGGUUGGAUUUCUCCAACAUGUAGUUUUCUGUAUCCACCUCAGACACAUUUGAGAAGGAUACUUUCAUCUUUGCACAACCAAGAGUUUCUCCUACGGUAGCAUUGGAACGAUAAAAGAUCUUAGUUUCCUCCUGUAGUAACACUGGAUCAAUAAGAGUUGUCUCUUACUGGUCUUCUAGGGAGAACAGCUUAGCACUGAUAGAGCUAUCCAGUAUAAAUAAAGUUAGUUUAGUUUAGGUUUCCUCCUGUAGUAACUCUGGAUCAAUAAGGAAGUGCUCUUACUGGAUCUCUAGGGAGAACAGCUUAGCAUUGAUAGAGCUCUCCAGUAUAAAUAAAGGUAAUUUAGCUCAGGUUUCUUCCUGCAGUAACACCGAAUCAAUAAAAGAUUCUUAAUGGACCUCUAUGGAGAACAAUUUAGAACUGAUAGAGCUACCCAGUAUAAAUGAAGUUAGUUUAGUUCAGGGUUCCUCCUACUGUAACACUGGAUCAAUAAGAGAUGGCCCUUACUGCACAUCUAGGCAGGACAGAUUAGAACCGAUUUCCUCUAUGGUUAGAUUAAAGUUAUAUCUUCAUCAUUUUAAGGUCGAUGCUGAAGGAAGUUUUCGAUCUGCUUCAAUCAGAAAAAGACCAAGACGAAAUGCACAAGUUUGAGUUGGCAUCGCACACGUUUGGAACUGUCAAUCUUAAAAAUCAUCUUACCCUGUUUGAUCGUUUUUUUCAACAGUACCAAACCAGUUUGAUGGGCUCAGUUGAAGGCCCUGAUUCUGAGGCAUAAUAGACGAACGAGUAAUUGACAAUUGAGGUGGGAUUAUAUCUUCACUACUACAAGCGAAACCAAUAAGAGGCUUUACAUUUGAGUUAGUAAAUUGCACGUUCUUUGACUUGAUCAGAACUUUAUCCAGUCCUAGGACUUGAUGUAAUAUUUCAAAUCCGACUAUGAGAACUGGACUAGAUUUCAAAUCCGUGCAAUUUGGAUCAAAAUGCGAGGACUUGAAAUCUAGUCCAGUCCGAAUUGGAGGAUUUGAAAUGACAUCUCAUACGAGUACAUCUCUACUUAAUGCGAGGUGAAUUAAUAUUGAUUCAGUCCAAGGACUAAAGGCUAAUUUCCACUCAGGAAACUUAUCCGUGGAUUGGAAUGGACAAGUAAAUUUUUCUUUGUUUUGUGAGCUCUGGGUGGAACUAAUGACUUUAACACAAAGAAAAAUUUACUUGUCUGUUCCAAUCCACGGAUAAUUUUGCUGAGUGGAAAUUAGCCUUAAAUUAAUUUCGACUUUAUCGCUCCUAGGACUUGAUCAAAACUUUAUCCAAUCAUUUCUUUAUCAAUUAAAAAUUAUCCAGUCUUUUUUUAUUUGACUUAAUCAAACUUUGUCCUGUCCAAGAACUUGAUCAAAACUUAAUCCAGUCCUUGGACCUGUUCAAGACUUUAUUCAGUCUAAGACUGGAUUUCAUCACGUGACCGAAAUGGAGGAAGAUAAUUGGCUUAUUCGGUAGUAGGCUAUUCAACGAAUAUGUAAAAAUUGUAAAUUGGUAUAGGAAUCCACACUUGCCAGUAGAAUAAGGAAAAAAGUUGAAUUUGGGUUAAAAAAUAUUUUUACUUGAUCAGUUAUAACUGUUCUACACACAUACAUACAGACAUUACGGUAAUGGAUUAUAUUCAAGUUUUCAUGAAAUGAACAUUUGUACAUUAUAUGGGAUCUUAUUUUUUAUAAAUAAUUUGCUACUUGGAUAUUUAAGCCAUAGGCAUAUAUUUAUGGAGGCUACGUGUAGAGUUUGUUCGUUUAAACUAUUUGAGCUGUAAUAAGAUUCGUUGUGAUCUCAUAACAUUGAAAUUGUAAAAUUUUUGAACUGUAAUAAAAUUUGUUUUGAUGUCAUAACAUUGAAAAUGUUGGGG